AAAAAAAAAAAAAAAGAAAACCACAUAUAUAUAAACUUUCUUUUCAUCCAGUACAUAUCACAAACACUUCUGAGUUCCCCCUCAUUCCCCCUUCAAUUCCUGUUCGCAAAACUCUCAACGGUUCCGGCUACCUCGAGCAGCUAAGCAAAACUCGCCGGAGCUAAAAUGCCGAAACUUCCGGCCACCACUUUUCCACUUGUACUGAUUAUUGUCUUAGUUGCCUCAAUUUCUUCCACCACAAAUGCACACAACAUCACUCACAUUCUCGCUGGCCACCCAGAAUUCUCCACUUUCAACCAUUACUUGACCACCACCCACCUCGCCGACGAGAUCAACCGCCGCCGAACAAUCACCGUCUGCGCGGUGGACAAUGCCGGCAUGUCCGAUCUCCUUGCCAAACACUUCCCCCUCCCGAUUCUGAAGAACGUCCUUUCCCUCCACGUCUUCGCCGAUUAUUUCGGGGCCAAGAAGAUCCACCAGAUCAGCAAAGGCUCCACCACCGUCUCCACCCUGUUCCAAGCCACUGGCGAGGCCGCCGGAACCGCCGGGUACGUCAAAAUCACCGACGCAAAGGGAGGGAAAGUGGGAUUCUCGGUGGCGGACUAUGAAGGGGAUUACGGCCCCUUCAGUGCCACUUUUGUGAAGUCCCUCGACGAGGUGUCGUACGACAUCGCCGUCCUCCAAAUUAGCAAUGUCUUAUCAUCCCCUGAAGCUGAAGCUCCGGUGGGAGCUCCGGCGGACAUGAACGUGACCAAUUUGAUGGAGAAACAAGGAUGCAAAGCCUUUGCGGACUUGUUACAGAGUUCUGGAGCAGAGGAGACGUUUACCCAGAACGCCGCCGGAGGAAUCACCGUCUUCUGCCCCUCCGAUGAGGCAAUUAACGGGUUCAUGAAGAGUUACAAGAACCUAACCAACGACGGCAAGCAAACAUUGCUGCUCUACCACGGAAUCCCGUUCUACAAUUCGCUCGGAAUGUUGAAAUCCAAGAAUGGGGCUCUCAAUACUCUGGCGACGGAGGGCAAGAACAAGUUCGAUCUCACGGUGAAAACCGACGGGGAAGAUCUGGUAGUCUCGACGGAAGUCAACUCGGCGACCCUCACCGGAACUCUGAUUGAUCAGGAUCCGUUGGCUGUUUUCAAAAUCGACAAAGUUCUGUUGCCCCACCAGCUGUUCAAAUCGGUUCCGGGUGCCCCGGCUCCGAAAGCCUCCAAGGGUUCCAAGAGUAAGGACGCUUCCGCCGAUGCUCCGGGACCCGCCGGCGAUGACGACAGCGUUCCGGCGGACGCGACGGCGAGUGAUAACGGAUCAGUGAGGGUAAGUGGUGGUGGAAUAUGGCUGAUGUCGGUGGUUUUGAGCUUGGUUUUGGGAUAUUGUAUGGUGUAGAUUUGGACAUGUAGUUUGUUGUACGAGUUAGUCCACAAUGGUGAAAUUUUUUUUGUACUCUUUUGUGUGAAAAUUGAAUACAUAAUUUCUUUCUUUUUUGUUACUGUUUUUUUUUUUUUUCUCUUUUCGAGAAUUUGUAUUUUGAAGUUGAAUUUUUCAUGUUAGAGAUUUCGAGUUUUUUAUUAUUUUCUGCUCAAUCAUGAAAUAAUCUCUCCCAAAUGAUUGUAGCUUUUUUUUUUUUUUGUAAUGCAUGGGUAGG